AUGAAAGUGUUUGUGAUUUGCUGUUUAGUAUCCCGUAUUGUAUCAUUUUGUAAUCCUGCUUUUGUUGGAGAAGAGGCAAUUGAAACUGAACAUGGAUGUUACGAUUAUGACUAUGGAUUUUUACCAGGUACUGCCCCGUUGCAAGAACAACAACCAAUAACAACUGUAAUAACACCUACUCAACCUAGUACAGGUAUUACAGGACAAAAUUGUGCAAGCAGUGAUGAUGGAAGUGAAGGCUUCAGUCUUAUUGAUUUACCAAUAGUUCUUGGCUUAAAUUUUCUUAGUAAUGGUAAUGCAAAGGGUGUAACAAGCUCUGGAAGAAACGGUCAUGGAACUGGUAGAAAAGCUCUUUUAAGCUUACCUUUAGAUUUAGGAAUAAACCUAUUAAGUAAUGGUGAUGCAAACGCUGUUAAUGAUAAAACAACAGAAUGUACUUCGUCUGCAGGUACAACUUAUUUUGACAAUGGGAGCGAUGGAAACGGUGGUUUCAGUCUUAUCAAUGCACCAAUUGCAUUGCCAUUGAAUAUACUUAGCAACGGAAAUACAACAGCAGUAGCUGCGACAAGUGAGAAUAAAGGAAAGGGUAGUAUCGAUCUAAUUAAUUUACCCAUCGCACAGGCAUUGAAUGUCUUAGGUAGUGGGAAUACAACUGCCACAUCUACGACUGGUAAAAAUACAGGAACUGGUAGUAACAACCUCAUCAAUGCUCCAUUAGGAAGGGCCACAAAUAUAGCUAGUAAAGGAGACACUACCGGCAUAGCUUCAUCGGGUGGAAAUAAAGGAAAUGGCAGUAACAAUCUAUUGAAUAUCCCUCAAGGAAUUGGCAAUAAUAUACUUUCUAACGCAAAUACAACUGGAAUAUCAUCGUCUGGUAAAAAUGAAGGAAAUGGUAGUAACAACCUUAUUAAUAAUCCAAUAGGAGUUGGAAAUAGUAUUAUUGGUGCUGGAACAACAACUGGAAUAGCUUCGACUGGCGGAAAUAAAGGAGACGGUAGCAACAACCUCAUAAACAGACCAAGAGGAGUGUCUAGAAAUACACUGAGUAUCGGAAAUAAACUUGGAAUAGCUACGUCUGGUAGAAAUGAAGGAAAGAGCAGUAACAAUAUUAUUAAUAAUCCAAACGGAGUUGGCAAUAGUGUCCUUAGUACUGGGAAUACAACUGGAAUAUCAUCGUCUGGUAAAAAUGAAGGAAAUGGUAGUAACAACCUUAUUAAUAAUCCAAUAGGAGUUGGAAAUAGUAUUAUUGGUGCCGGAACAACAACUGGAAUAGCUUCGACUGGUGGAAAUAAAGGAGACGGUAGCAACAACCUCAUAAACAGACCAAGAGGAGUAGCUAGAAAUACACUGAGUAUCGGAAAUCAACUUGGAAUAGCUUCGUCUGGUAGAAAUGAAGGAAAGGGCAGUAACAAUAUUAUUAAUAAUCCAAACGGAGUUGGCAAUAGUGUCCUUAGUACUGGGAAUACAACUGGAAUAUCAUCGUCUGGUAAAAAUGAAGGAAAUGGUAGUAACAACCUUAUUAAUAAUCCAAUAGGAGUUGGAAAUAGUAUUAUUGGUGCCGGAACAACAACUGGAAUAGCUUCGACUGGUGGAAAUAAAGGAGACGGUAGCAACAACCUCAUAAACAGACCAAGAGGAGUAGCUAGAAAUACACUGAGUAUCGGAAAUCAACUUGGAAUAGCUUCGUCUGGUAGAAAUGAAGGAAAGGGCAGUAACAAUAUUAUUAAUAAUCCAAACGGAGUUGGCAAUAGUGUCCUAAGUACUGGGAAUACAACUGGAAUAUCAUCGUCUGGUAAAAAUGAAGGAAAUGGUAGUAACAACCUUAUUAAUAAUCCAAUAGGAGUUGGAAAUAGUAUUAUUGGUGCCGGAACAACAACUGGAAUAGCUUCGACUGGCGGAAAUAAAGGAGACGGUAGCAACAACCUCAUAAACAGACCAAGAGGAGUGGCUAGAAAUACACUGAGUAUCGGAAAUAAACUUGGAAUAGCUACGUCUGGUAGAAAUGAAGGAAAGGGCAGUAACAAUAUUAUUAAUAAUCCAAACGGAGUUGGCAAUAGUGUCCUUAGUACUGGGAAUACAACUGGAAUUGCUUCAUCUGGUAAAAAUAAGGGAUGUGGUAGUAACAAUCUUGUUACUGGGCCCCGAGGAAUUGCUAGAAAUACACAAAGUACCGCAAAUACAUUUGCAGAAGCUUCAUCUGGAGGAAAUAUUGGAAGUGGAAAUAACAACUUAAUAAAUAGGCCAAGAGCAAUCGCUCAAAGUCGUCAUAAUAGCACGGAUAUAACUAAAAGAGUCUGCUCUGGUGGAAAUCAAGGCAGUGAUAAUAACCACACCAUUUAA